AUGAAUGAAAAUAAAAAAAACUUAUAUGGAAUUUUGGUAGAUAUUUCAAUGUCAAUGAAAUAAUCCUAUGAUAAAAUAUAAAAAAGAUCCAACUUAGACAAUAAAACACUAAAGCCUAAUGAAGCUCGAUUGGUUUCUGUCUUGAAAAUAAUUUACAGGGCUUUUGCAAAAACUGAUUUAAAAGAUGACAAUAUUUUUUUGUCAGCUUUUGGAUGCUAUCAUGAACUUGAUGUUGAUGUUAUAGAUUUGGUACCUUUUUUAAAAUCAAUAUUGAAUAUCGUAAAAUUAAUAACUACAAUGCGCAGGCUUUAAUAUUAUAGCUAAAUUGAUUAAAAAGAUUAUCAUAUGCUUUUAUAUAAUUUAGUAGUAGAGAAUGGAGCUAAAAAUUUAUCCUAAUUUUAUAUGCUGAAAGAAUUUCGGAACGAUUUGUUGAAUUUCAAGGCAAAGCUAUUAUACCUUGAAUUCAAAAGCAAUAAAAAAUAAUUAAACUCAUUUAUAGAAUAACUACCAUAAUAAGUGAAAAGGACGAGCCGUUUUUAUGGCGCGUACGCUUUAUUAGGAAGGACUUUAUAAACCCCUUUAAACCCUAUUAAUAAAAAUAUCAGAGAAAUAAUUUAGCAGUAAUUACAGAAGUUGGAUAAUUGUAUUCCGUUUGAUUAUUUUUUUGAUAAAAUUUAGGAAUGUUUGCAACCUAUAUUAGAAGAGAUAUAAAAGCAUAAAAAUAACAAAAUCGAUGACCUUGUGAUUAAACUAAAAUAAAUUAUAGAAAAAGUAAGGCCGUAAUAAUACUAAAAAUCUAUUGAAUAUUUAUUUGCUAGAUUGAAAGAAAUAUAAAGCAUUUAAGAAGCCAUUAUACUCGUUUUAAAUCAAUACAGUUUUAAUCCUAAAGAUUUGAUUAAAGAAUAAAGGGACCUUUAGAAAUUCUAGAUUAUAAGUAUAGAAGACAUAGUAAAAGACAUGUAAUUUUAAGAAUAUCAAUCAAAAAAUCGAAUGAGAGAUGAAGAUUUAAAUUUUUUUAAAUCAUUUGAAUCAAUUUGCUAUGGAUGUACUCCUUUGAAGAAAAGUUUGGAGUUGACUUUAAAGACUGCAUUCUUAGAAUUCGAAAAUAAAUUCUUAUUUAUUGUAUCUGAUGGAGAUUCAACCGACGGUAAUCCUGUAGAGUAUGCGACACAGUUAAAAAACAAAGGAUUUAUCAUAUUUUGUUAUUAUAUUGAAUCUAAAGAAAAGAUCUAGUAAAACUAGUUGUAUUCAAGAAUAGAACAUGUUAAGGGAGAUGGAGCCAAGACUAUGUUUGAAAUAAGUUCUGAAUAUUCAAAUUUUGAGUAUCCUUUGCGAUUAAUUGAAAAAUAUACAAAUAUCAAAUUAUCUUAAGAAGGUAAAAGCAAAUUAUUUUUAUAAAGUAAUAAUUCGGAGUCUUUGGAAUAAUUUUUUGAUUAUUUCAUGAAAAUCUCAAAAGAUAAUGAUAAAUUGGUUGAAUUAGCUGGGAGAAUUACAAUUGAAAAGUAUAUAAAUUCCAGUAAAGAAUUUUAACCUAAGUAAUAAAUUGGAGGAACAUGUUAUGCAAAUUCUAUAGCUGCUGCCUAUUCGAUAAUGUUGUAGAAGAUAUAUAAAAGAGAAGGUGAUUACCCAGGUUUCUUUCGAAUAAGGGAUCUAUUAAUACAAGAAUAUGGAAAAAAAGGGGCAAACACCACUGAGGUUGUUGAAAAAACUUGCUCAGACUAUAGGUUAAGGUGUCGCAUACUAACAUCUAUUAAUUAAAUCAAAUAGGCUUUACAUUAGGGGAGACCAAUCAUAGCAAGAUUUGCUUUAUGUGAGAAUCAAUGGAAUGCCGAUACUAAUGAUCAGAUAGGAUUUAUUCCUUUCUUUGAAAAAAAUCCAUCAGGAAUUUUGACUACUGUUGGGCCGCAAUCGAACAAUAAUAUAGGAGGACAUUCAGUAGUUUUGUACUCUUAUACUUAAGAUUAUUACUAUUUUAUUAAUUCUUGGGGAUCUAGUUGGGGAGAUGGAGGGUUUUUUAAAGUGUAAACUUUGGAAGUCUUAGGAGAGAUGGAGUUUAUUGAAGUUUUUUGGCAAAAAGCUGAUUUAACCGAAUCAGAAAAAAAGGCAUUUAAGGAGGAUGCUGGAUAAAAAAUGAAUGAGUUUUAUUAAAAUUACUUUAGUUCAAUUGGGGAUAUCAAAUAUACUUGUCCAAAAUGUAAAUAAUAAUCUUUGAUAAAUUAAUAUAAAGGUAAUUAUUAUGAUGCAAUAUGUCCAAAAUGUAACUAGUAAUUUCAAUCACAACCACUUGGUUCAUUAUUUGCAGACUAUCUAAAUGGCAAGAAUAUUUGA